CGCCGUUGGUUUCCCUUUUAUUCGGUAAAAGAAGCCCCAAUUCUUGUUGUUAUCAAUGGAUUGAAUUUGUUAUUUUCUUUUUGGAGAAUCCUUGCUGCAUUUUGCUGGCCUUUUUUCUGCUUUUCUCCAACGGUCUGUUCGAGUUUGAAAACUGAUUCAUUGUUUUAUUCCUAGACUGACAAUGGCGGAGAGCCACAUAGAUAAAAGACUUGCUGUUAUUGUAGCGGUGGAUGUCAUUGCUAGAAAUGCUGAUCUUUUAUCUGAAAUUCUACUCCGUUUGCCUGCACUAUCUCUCAUCAGGUUCAGUCUAGUAUGCAAACUUUGGUGCUCAAUCAUUACCAGUUUGCAAUUUAGGCUCAGUCAUUGUCGUACUCUUGCAUUUUCUAAUGCUCUAACCCCGUCUGGGAUCUACUUUUACGAUUGCCUAACCAAUCUCCAGAAAGUCGAAUCCCUUCCUCUUUCUGAUAAUGUAACUAGCCUCCCUCCUCUUCCGCUCCUUGACCCAAUGGCUUUAAAAAAAGGAGAUGCAAUUGAGGUUAUGCAAGUCAAGGUUAUGCAAUCUUGCAAUGGCCUGUUAAUGUGCGUGAUGAAAACUAAAGCAAGGAAUAUCAAACUUGGUAUUGUUUACAAUCCUGCAAAUAAAGAGUGGUGUCCAUUGCCGAGCCCCUAUGACAAGUAUUAUGGUAAUGUCUAUUAUAACCUGAUAUUUGAUCCUUCAGAACCACCUUAUUACAAAGCUUUGUGUAUUAAGCGUUUGGGUUCCUAUUGGUCGGAUGUCGAAGUGAGUGUGUAUGUGCCAGGGAGCGAGUCAUGGAGAUUGUGUUGUCGUUUCUCUCCACCCUAUGAUAUGCGCUUUGACAGUGGAGUGUUUUGGAAUGGUGCAAUUCAUUGGAUUGGUGAAAACUCCUCCAUUUACUUUGAUGCUAAUUCAGAGGAAGUUGUAAGGAAAGAUAUGCCACCAAGGCCUCAGGGACAAUGUAGAGAAAAGAUUAGGUAUUUUGGGGAAUGGGGUGGCCAUUUGCAUCUUAUUCAGGUUCAGAGCCUAUAUGCCAAGAAAUUCAAUGUACUCGAAUUAGACAAAAAUACCUGGAAGUGGUCAGUGAAGUAUCGUGUUCAUCUUGCUCGGUUAAUUUCAGCAUUUCCUGAGAUGGUUCAGCAGACAUCAUCUGGCACACAGUAUGCUUUUUCCAUUUUGUCAGUGAUUCGAGGAGAGAAAGAAGAAGAUUCAGUCCUACUGCUUACUAUUCCGGGGAAGGUGAUCGCCUACAACUUAGUGCUUAAAACUGCUGAAGUAGUCCGCGAGUUGCCUGGUGAAAUAGGUGAUGCUUUACGCUUUAAUCAUGUUUGUGCUUAUCAGUAUACUGAAAGUUUGGCUCCUGUUCCAGCUCUCAAAGAUUUGUCUUAGCUCUUUUGAAUUUCUUCUGUAAAGAAGUUAUCUUGCAGGUAUUUCAUGUGAAAACUUCUUCAGAAAUGCUAGAAAACUAAAUGUCAAAUCUUAGCUUUCGUAGUUGCUUUUGGGAAUUCAGUAUAAAUGUUAUAGGACCUUUACUGAAAAAUGCGUUCAAUGUUUUAUCUGCACAAA